AUGGCGACUUCAUGGCCAGAGCACACUGAGAUUGAAUCCAAUUUCAAUGACGUCUCCCAAUUGGCCCAAGUAUUCGAAUUACACUGCGCGAAGAUCUACGCCCACGCCGCGAGUCACCCCGAUCACCCUGCCUCGGCCGACUACGUGAGACAGCUUGUCUCGCAAGCUUAUCGCGCUGUCCACAGCUUGAAUAUGCAAAAUAUGGCAUCCUCCUGUUUGGAUUUGGAAGUUGCGACUGCGACGCUGGAUAAUAAGGCCAAGGAAUACUCUCAAGGCCCAGAACUGCUAUCACCCGUCGACGACGCGAAAACUUGCGAGCCAGAGAUCGAGACCGACAGCCAUACCCAAACAGACGAGAAUGAAGUCCGCCUCGGACUACAGGACCUGUUAACGGGAAAUUUCGAAGACGAAGACGAAGAGGAAGACUCAGAUUGGUCCGACGAGUCUGACUCCGACGAAGACGAUGAGUAUUACGAAUACUGCUCCGGCUCCGAAGCAGAACUCGACCUCGACGAACUAGAAGCAGUCGCACGGACAUCGACGUUCCAAAACGCGCAAAAUGCCCUCCAAUCCGAGCUUGAGGAGAAAAAGAACGCAAUAAUCGAAGAAAGGGUCCUCGAAGCGAACGAUAUAAUCGCAAACCAGCAACAGGAACCUGUGUCCACAACCACAACCACAACCAUGCCAAUGUCAUCGCCCUUUCCCGCAAACGAACCAGAGACACCCUCCCCACCCCCCGUCUCAAUCAUCCAAGACCAAGCCAUGCACGACCGCAUCACCGCCGCCCUCAGAACUAUCCCUCUCCCCUGCCACGAAUCAGAAUUAGAAGAGAUCCCCCUCCAGCUCGCGCGUAUAGAAACACAAACGAUUCCACUCUCGCGCAUGGAAACACACACAGUCCCUCUCGCACGCGUACAAACGCACCGUCCAGCAACAACCAGCACCGUCUCCCCAACAGAGACUGAUACAAGUGAAGCCACCGCCGUUCAGACGGAGGGCUCGAGUCCAGAGACACGAUGCACGACGUCGGUGACGGCACCGCCGGCUGUGACGGUUGUGGGGGCGGGAGGUAUGGCGCGGAAACCUAGUUUUGAUGCGUCGCGUUUGCAUAGGAAGUUGUCUAUGCGGUCGUCUUCUGCGGGAGGGUUGCCAAGGAGGCUCAAGACUGUUUGUUAUAAGUAUGUUCGGAGGGCUAUGGUUCCUAUUCGGGGAGAGUCGUCGAGUUCGAAUUGA